CACUGGAGGACACGCUCUGCGCUUGCGCGUAACUCGAGGAGCUAAAAUAACUACUUUUUUUUUUUAUAUACAUUUGAGCCGCCCGUCGUGUCGACGAGUGUGUCAAAUUAUACGCGUGUUUUAUAUAUUUUAUUUGCCUUUCUUUUGUGAUGUAUCCCUCCAUCUGAGGACUAGUUGGCGUAGACGAGGCGACCCGUUUUUGUCGUCGUUGCAGACAGACUAUGUCGACAAAUAAAACAAAGAAAGUCAAAAUGGCUACGAAAUCUUGUCCCGAAUGCGACCAACAGAUUCCCGUGGCGUGCAAGUCAUGCCCGUGUGGCUUCGUGUUCAUCAGCAGGAAACUCCUCAACGCCAAGUUGAACGAGUGCUCGUCCACCAACGCGGCGGACAAGCUGGAAAGCAAGCGUCGCCGCACGGAGCGCAUCCGUCGCGAUCGUCUGGACGGCAGCCUGAUGUCCGUGGCGGCGAGCGACGGUGCGGAGAGCAGGAAGCAGCAGCCCAGGGGCAACGGCCAGGCCGACCCGAUCCGCAGGGGACGGGGCCGACCCAAGACGGUCGGACUCAAGAAACACGAGGACGACAAAGAGAAACAGGAGAAGGAAGUGGACGUGUACGCGGCCCUGUCGGACGAGCGGGCCUUCGUGUUCUCGGUGGCGUUGGCCGAGAUCAACCGCAAGAUCCUGGCUCAGACGCUCAUUUUGUAAGCGCCCCGAGCGGGCGCCGGCGCGGACUUUGCCCUGACGAGGUGACCGCAUCAAAAGCGGACUUUGAAAUAACACUCUCCGUCUCAACUUGACUUUCCCCAGGAGGUGGGCUGGUACUCCCCACAGGGCCAGGAACCUUUGGGGUGGGGUGGGGUUCUCGCGGCUCAGUUUACGAAUGAGUGAGGAGAUCUUGAUCCUGUUGUCUCGACAACAAGUUCCAGGUACUUUUGUUGAAAAUGUAACUCCUGUUUGUGAUCGGUCAUCCGCUUCCAGCGCAUGCAAAUGCCCUCUUGGUGAGAGCACCUUUCCACCGCUGGCACCGGGAGUCCUUGAAAGCUGGGCACGAUUGUUUCAGUUUGCUUCUGAGGUCAAAAGAAGACCUUCCUUCGAGAGGUCCCGGAACCUUUGGGGUGGAACUGCCGAGGAAAUACAAGUUCCCGGAACUUUGGCUGGUUUGCAGGUCAGGAACGAGUGGAAUUUCGAACCAGGUCUCCUGGAAGUUGACUAAAAAGAAUAUUCGAUGCCAGUGCGAUGAGAUUGGGAACAUAAAAGCCGCAAGUACUUCUGCUUGAAAUGCAGCUCGUGUGGUUUGAUUGCUUCUUAACUUCCUGCCCCCAGCUUCUCUCGAGUGCCACAUCAGAAACCGAAAGGAGAAACUUUUGAGGACGAAUGUGGACAGUGGUGAAUAUUGUCCGCAUUUAUUUUUGUCAGCAUUUAGCCAAACUACUUCAGAACCUUUGAGGUGAACCCACCCGAUUGGAACCGUUGAGUUCGAGGACCUCCAAGCACCAAGAAUUGAGAUGACCCGGACCUUUCGGUGGAAAUCACCCAAAAGGAUUUCCUUCUGAGGUCCCAGAAGUUGAUUGAAAAUUGGAUAUUUGACGCCAGCAUCUCAGUCGUGAAAUGCGGCUCUCGCUUGUGACCGGCCGUUGACUUGUAGCUCCACCCCCCUGCGUAAAUCCCUGCCAGGCUUGGAUUUGCGUGUUUACUGUGUCGUCCUCCUUGUCGCCGCCAUGUCAUUGACCUCUGCUGUAAAAAUAAAAAAGCUUGCCGCCAA